CUCUUAACUGCUCUUUAUAGCCUGCUGGCACAGCAGCUUCCCCGGGAGCCUAUGGAGUGGAGAAGGCAGCUUGCACUGCAUGACCAUCUAGAUAAGGACUUGCAUCACUGUCUGCGCCUGGUUCUCACACUCUGCUGCAGGAACGAGGCAGAAAACUGUUCGUGUCAGGGACGGUCCUGGGAAAUGCUGCACAAACCAAGAGCGUUUGGAGAAGAAGCUACCUAAGGCUGUGUUCACACGUAACAUGUUUUUGUGAAGCCUGUUUUGUGUGCCUGUUUUGUGUAAUAAUCCUUUGUAGUAGACCGUGUUUUCUAAACUCCCUGAGCUGCUUUUGGGAUGCUCUUGACUGCAUCUUGGAACAGCGUUUUGUUUAAUAUAUAUAAAAACAGCUUUAUUAGAAAAAGACAUUGUGUGAACACAGCCUAAAUUUGUUUAGUUAUCGGGCCAUGUUGGAUACUAAUAUUAGUUCAGUCGAGGUAUCUUUAUGUAACGUCAACUAACUAGCUUUACUGGCUAACAUAACUUCACUCAGUACAUGAAUAUUUAUUUAAGUUAGCUAUGUUAGCAUUUUUUCUUUAGUCGUAAAAUAGGCUGCAUUAAAUGAUCCUUUCUCUAUCUGCUAUCGCUAUUGUUAACAUCCACAAGAAUUAUUCCCUAACAAAAAAUGUUAAAUAUUUAUACUUCACUUAUUCUUUGUUGAGGCUUUCCUUAUCGAUGGCUCGCAACUCGCUUAUCCGAGUCGGUGGGUGUAACUACCAUCCCGAGUUAACGGUCUUAUGGUCGAGCACCAAAGAUGAUCCACCUAGAAGCCAACUUUGUCCAGUUUAAAGAGGAGCUGCUUCCUAAAGAGGGAAACAAGGCUCUCCUCACGUUCCCUUUCCUGCACAUUUACUGGACUGACUGCUGUGAUACGGAGACGUACAAGUCCUCAGUGAAGGAGGACAUGCAGCGGUGGCAGAGCGUGCUGAAGCUACACGGCUCAGCUGACUGGCUCAUCGUGGUCGUGGAAAGCGAUGGCAAAAAGAAGAACAAGACCAACAUCCUGCCUCGUACCUCCAUCAUGGACAAGAUCCGCAACGACUUCUGCAACAAGCAAAGCGACAGGUGUGUCGCACUCUCGGAUCCCUUGAAGGAGUCGUCUCGCUCUCAGGAGUCGUGGAACUCGUUCCUGACUAAGCUGCGCACUCUGCUUCUCAUGUCCUUCACUAAGAACCUGGGCCGCUUCGAGGACGACAUGCGAACGUUGCGGGAGAAACGCACCGAGCCCGGCUGGAGCUUCUGCGACUAUUUCAUGGUCCAGGAAGAGCUGGCAUUUGUGUUUGAGAUGCUACAGCAGUAUGAAGAUGCGCUGGUCCAGUAUGAUGAGUUGGAUGCCCUCUUCACCCAGUAUGUGCUUAACUUUGGCGCUGGAGAUGGUGCCAACUGGCUGGGCUCAUUUUGCCAGCCGGUACGGAAUUGGAAUGGGCUUCUCCUGCGCAGACCAAUAGAUAUGGAGAAGAGGGAGCUAAUCCAGCGCAGUGAGGCUAGCCUGCUAGACCUGCGCAGCUACCUGUUCUCUCGCCAGUGCACGCUGCUUAUCUUCCUGCAGAGGCCCUGGGAGGUCACACAGAGAGCUCUGGAGCUGCUUCACAACUGUGUCCAGGAGCUCCGUCUGCUUGAGGUGUCGGUUGUCCAGGGGGCUCUGGACUGCUGGGUCUUCCUCAGCUGUCUGGAGGUGCUGCACAGAAUCGAGGGCUGUUGUGAUCGCGCCCAGCUGGAAGCCAACUUCUCCCACACUGUGGGCCUCUGGACUUAUGCUACUGAGAAGCUGAAGUGUCUAGGCUGUUUGUGCGGUUUGGUGUCGGAGAACGGACCCAACUCGGAAGAACUGAACUGCACUGUCGACCUGCUCGCAGGCCUCGGCACAGAGAGACCAGAGACAGCCAACAGUCUUCAGAGCCCGUAUAAAAAACUUAAAGAAGCCUUAUCAUCAGUGGAAGCUUUUGAAAAACACUAUCUGGAGUUGUCCCACGCUGCUCUGGAGAUGUACAGAGCCAUUGGGAGGCUGCGGUCAGCUCGACUGGUGGGAAAGAGCCUGGCUGAGUUCUACAUGAGGAAAGGUGAUGCACAGACAGCAAAGACCUUCCUGCAGGACUCUUUGAAGUCAUACACAAUAGAAGGCUGGAGCCUGCCGCUCACACACACGCGUAAGCAAAUAGCAGAGUGUCAGAAACAGCUGCAGCAGACGGAGGACUACUUGCAGACAAGCGCUCUGCUGGCCAGCGACACUAACCUGACAGAGGAGGAGAGAAAGCACUUCUGUCAGGAGAUCCUCACCUUUGCGAACAAGGCUCCAGAGGGCAAAGACCAGCAAGUGGUCCUGAGCAUGACUGCGUUUGCUCAGCUGCGAGAGCUGCAGUUUCAGCCAGCAUCCGCCACAGUGCACGUUGGUGCAUCCCUGCAGUUGGAGCUGCGUCUGUGCAGCCUGAUGCCCAUUCCUGUGCAUCUGGAGAAGCUGGCAGCCAGCGUCCAUUUUACAGGGGAGCAACCAGGCAUGCGUUGUGGCCCAGCAGGCACCCAGCGGCGCUCCGGACUCAGUCCAGACGGCACCAUCUCCUUUCCCGCUGUGAGUCCGUCUGGCGGGGUGUUGCCAGGAACAAGCAUGCCCGCUCUGGAACUUUACGAAAUACAGGACCGCAGUCCCUCCGACAACAUGCUCAACUCCACUAGCGUUGUCUGCAAGAACGCACACAUGCUGCUGCGUGGCAACGAUGGCCCCUCCCCCUUGGACGUGCAUAGCAGUGUAGGCUCCACCUUUACUAUGGAGGAUGGAAUGCAGGUUCUGAAGACCAACAAUAUGACGUUGUUGCCAGGCAGCAACAGCAUCAUCUUCACGGCGCUGAGUACAAAACCAGGCACCUACACUCUGCGACAGUUGUGUGCUACAGUGGGCCGUGUGCAGUUUGUGCUGCCACACAUUUACCCCAUAGUGAAAUAUGAGGUAUACUCCCAGGAGCCUCAGCUGACCAUCGAGCCCCUCACAGAGAGCCUGCUGGCUGGGCUUCCUCAGAGGGUGAAGUUUACCAUUCUAACAGGCCACUAUGAAGUUAAGAAGGGUGACGCUCUGCAGCUGAGUAACACCGACUCCAUGCCUAUCCUGCACUCCUCGUCCUGCUCUGCCCGUAUUCUCUCUGGCACUGGAGAGCUGGUGAGAGAGGCUGAUCUGUCCAUCCAGGCUUCAGAGAAGGUGACAAGCAUCUCUCUGCCUCUAACUCCACCCUACCACACACUGGAGUUCCAGCUAGAGGUGCUGUGCCAUAUCCCAUUAUCACCAGCACGUGUCGAAAGUGAGCGCCUCACCAACGGCGAGAUCCGUCACCGGCCGAAGAGCCGCACACGCUUCAACAGCGGCAUGGCUUUCAUCGACCAGAAGGUGUCCAUAGACUGUCCCUGGUCUAUAUAUUCCAUCCUCAUUUCCCUCACCUUCUAUACCCCCUUCAGAGCCAAACAUGCGCUACUGUCAGCAGGGAAAAGGAAGUACAUCCAGGUGUGCCUUGAAAAUGUAUCAAACACAAACUUCCAGCUUGCCAACCAGACGCUGUCGGAGCACCAGCUCACACCUUUACUGGAGCUACUCUCUCUCAAUGCUAAAACACACCAGGUGGUGUACAGUAAGCAGAGCGUGUACAGUCUGUGGGAGGUGAAGUGGACCACAGAGCCACUGCCAUGUCUGCAGUGCGUGUUUUCUGCCAGCUUUUCUCCUGCCGACGCUCCGAUCACGGCGCUCAAACCCUACAGCUACGAAUUCCAGUUGGAGAGAGUCUCAACCCUAUACAGUGUGAAGGCAGACAUCCAGCCUGCGGUCGGAGAGCAGCACUGUCGCGCCGGCACCCUCUGUCGGCUAGAAGUAUCGGUCACGCGUCUGACAGAGCCGAGCGACACGGAGGGAGAGGACGAGGAGUUAACGGAGAAUGAAGGCCUUCGCACGACCAAGCUCAUGUAUGAGGUGGUGGAUAACAGCAGUAACUGGGCUGUGUGUGGGAAGAGUUCAGGGUUAGUAUCCAUGCCUGUGGCUGCCAUGGCAACGCACAAAGUACAGAUGGAGGUCAUGCCUCUGUUUGCAGGCAAGCUGCCCUUCCCCAGCAUCAGAGUGUUCAAGUACCUGCCCCACUGCGCACAACCAACAAGCCAGCCUGACACAGACUCAUGCCUAGAGAACGACAACCUCUCUCUUCUGGAUAAGGGCCUGGAGGAGCAGGGAGACACGGCCAGUCUGCGCAGCCGGGGAAGCAUUCACUCUGUGGGCAGUAACGAGCAGCAGCAGAGGGCUCUUCCCAUGCCACGACUCGAGCCCUUCAGCCCGGGCCAAGUGUUCAACUCCAGCCAGACACAACAGGUCCUGGUGCUCCCCAGCACAGACGACCAUGUGCUCGAGGUCAACGUCACAUGACACCCAUGUAAGGCCCCGCCCCGCCUGGUCCUGGACCAUGCGUUCUGUGACCUAAUUGGACAGGAACUGGGGGACAAGGGGGGGCUCUGGUGUGGGGCGGUGGAGCGUCCUGAUCUCUGGACUCGAUCGGUGGGUGGGUGGGUGGGUGCUUAGGUGGGGGGGCGAUGGGCGUCGGCCUGGCCUGAAUACAGAAACACUAACCCAUGGCUGGAGCCUGAGAAUCCAUCUACUGUCUAAUGGUUUCCGUCUCAUUUCUUUAUUGCUUACGCAUCUAUAAAGAGACGUGCGAGACUGGGAAGCAUCUCACAUGUCACUUUCUCUCUGACUCAGUGGGCAGCCAGGAAUUACGCAUCAUCUGUUUCUGUCUCCUGAACUUCCUUCAGGGGAGGUUUUCAAUACUACCGUGACAAAGUCACACUAGCUGAGACGAUCACACACACAUAUACACAGUGACCUCUGUGGAAGGGUUGGCAGGUAUUGUGAUUAUUAAUAUGGAAAUACACAUGUAAGCAUUGUGAUAUUUUAUUUUAUUAUUUUUGUUGUUGUUUACUGUGUCUGACCCCAGGCUCACAUGCAUGUAUUUGCUCUGAAAUGUGAUCAUGGCAUCUGACAGAAGAGGUGAGAGAGGGAGGAGACAAGUCCAGCUGAUUUACUGCUUCAGAUCGUUCUACUCGUUUAGCCUGCUUCCUCAAGCUUGAUCUGCAAUUUUGGUGUGUGUGUGUGUCCUGCUAAACAGAAGUGCAGUCCUCUUGCCCUGUAUGUACUGUUAGAUAUCCAUAUUACUGUGAGAUGGAUCGCUGCAGCAGAUCUGUUCAGAGAAGCUGACUUCUUCAGUUCGAGUCACUAACUCUGAAGUGAGUACUUGGAGUAAUUAAUAACUUAAUAUUUUCUGCAAUUUUGUUUAGAAACCACGUUUGCCUAGUUUAAAAAUGAGCGUUGCUAAACUUUGAGGAUGACACUUCAGAGGAGCUGAACUGUAUUUUCUUUACACUGCAUCCAUUCUUGCAAGUGACAAAUUAGCAGACAGCAAGUCAGCUAUCAUGACGGGAAGUAAAUUACCCAGGAAAUUCUUUGAACCAGUCUGUCUGAUGCCUCCACAUGCGAGACCAAUAACAACCACUACACAUCCAUGAGAGAGAAACCUGGAGUGACACCAGUCGGUGACUUGACACUUGCUAGCAUGAAUGCGAAGUUUGCACUCCAAUAUCCUCCUGUUUUUCAACCAAAAGAUGCAGACGCGCUUCAUUAAAUGAUUUGCACGUAGUACACAGGCAUUGUUUUUGCAUCAUACAGUUUGUUGCUGUGCCAAUCCAGUAUAAUUCUUUGCACAUUCAAGCUACAUCUUAAGACGCAUUACAGCGCUGGUGAAUCUCACACACAUGACGUUUAAGCCUUUCAGGGGCGAGUUGUUCCCCAUCCUAGACUUUUCGACACAGUUCCAGAUGACACUAUGACGAUAAAGCUUUUGUUUACAUGACAUUCCAGUAGCGCUUGUGUGUGAGGAAACCCUCCUGUAAUGGUUCGAGCAAUUAAAACCAGUUGACUUUUCAGAAUUCUCUGCACAGAAUGACGGUGAUUAAAUAUUAAAAGACGAGUGACGAUAAAAAGAAUUGAUCCUCAUGUUAUGGAGUUCUGUAGAAUUGUUUCAGUUUCUGAUCGAGCAGGGAGGUAAUUGUUCUCAUUUAACGCUGAGUGUUGGUGUUAUCUUGUUGGGUAAUGAAAGGCCUGUGACGGCUGGGGGCCUGAGGCCAUAUUCUGGGCGCGCUUUAUAGUGCACUACCACGGACUAAGCCGGAUGACUAUCACCAGCUAGUGAUGUGGGGGUGGGGGGAGAAGGACAUUAAGUUUAAGACGUUUAUCACUAGGGCGUGAGCAGCCAAAUGUUUUUGAAUGCGUUUGUGUUUGUGCUUUCUGGCUCAAGUAUCUGGUCCUGUUGCUGUAAGCAAAUGUUUAGGAGAGUACGAAUUAAAAAGAAGCAGACUUGUCACAUCUUUGCUUGUAUAUUGUAUGCGUCGUUGCAGAUCCAUCCUGAUUUUCAUGGCUAGCACAGUAUUUAUUCUGUGAAUAAAUCUCUUCCUCUUUCUCAGAUGAAUUGAAUGAAUCAGGGGUCACUUGUUAAACGGUGAAAGUAAGAGUGAUUGAUCGGUCUUUCUCUCUCCUGUCAAAACGAGACGGGCAUCAGGAAGCUGAUCUGAGCACUCUUACAUGCUUCAUACACACGAUAGCCUGUUGGUCUCCCACUUCAGCAGUUGGAACAUGGGAUUACAUCAUGUGAAUCGGUGGGUCAGCCAACAAUGUCAAAUUUUCACAAGCUGUUUGUAAAUUAUUCCAUCAGUUGAGCACCACAGAUUGUAUUUAGAAUGAUUAUUUAAAUGAAGAGUACACAUUAUAAAAAAAAUAUAUGUUUUAAAAAUA